AUAUGAUCUGUCGCCUACGUCUUCCUGGUUGCCGUAAACUUUCCCUCCGGAUCUCCCAAACAAACGAACAUGGCGGACUAUGAAGAGCGGCGGAGCCUGUUGGGAGAUGAGGACGAGGGGUCGUUCACCGGCAGACAGACAGCCAGGGGACCCGGCAGACCGAUGCCGGCCAUUUGCGACCCCAGCCACAUUCUGCACCGAGUGGUUGUCCUGGUAUUCAUGUGCUUUCUGGGAUUCGGAAGCUACUUCUGUUAUGACAAUCCAGCCGCCCUUCAAACACAAGUCCUCCAGGAUCUGAACCUGAACACUGCACAGUUCAUGCAGCUGUAUGCCUGGUACUCCUGGCCCAAUGUGGUUCUCUGCUUCCUUGGGGGCUUCCUGCUUGACAGGGUCUUUGGCAUCAGGCUGGGAACCAUCAUCUUUUCCCUCUUUGUCUGUAUUGGACAGGUAAUAUUUGCUGCUGGAGCUUUCGUGAAAUAUUUCUGGCUGAUGGAAUUAGGACGUUUUGUGUUUGGUAUUGGAGGAGAGUCCUUGGCUGUGGCCCAGAACACAUAUGCAGUCAACUGGUUCAAAGGAAAAGAACUUAAUCUGGUGUUUGGCCUUCAGCUCAGCAUGGCUCGACUGGGCAGCACAGUGAACAUGAACAUUAUGGGCUGGGUGUACAGCGAAGUCAAAGAUCUUGUUGGCUCUUCUGGACAUACUGUACUAGGCGCAUCACUCAUGAUAGCUGCUGUAACCUGCGUGUUCUCACUAAUCUGUGCCUUGGUGUUGGCAUUCCUUGACAAAAGAGCAGAGAGGAUCCUCCACAAGGAACAAGGCAAAACCGGUGAGGUGAUCAAACUGACAGAUGUGAAAGAUUUCCCCUUCCCACUAUGGCUUAUCUUCAUCAUUUGUGUGGCCUACUACGUCGCCAUUUUCCCCUUUAUUGGACUGGGACAGGUGUUCUUCAUUGAAAAAUUCAACUUUUCCCCAGCCGAAGCCAGAGCUGUCAACAGUAUCGUGUACAUCAUCUCAGCUCCUGCAUCUCCAGUUCUUGGCUUUAUGGUUGAUAGGACAGGAAGGAAUGUGGUUUGGGUAAUUAUUGCUGUGGCCACCACACUCGCUGCUCACAUGAUGCUGGCCUUCACCUUCUGGAACCCUUGGAUUGCCAUGUCCCUGCUGGGUGUUUCCUACUCCCUACUGGCCUGUGCACUGUGGCCCAUGGUAGCCUUUGUGGUGCCUGAGCAUCAGUUGGGGACAGCCUAUGGCUUCAUGCAGUCGAUCCAGAACCUGGGACUUGCUCUCAUUGCCAUGGCAGCAGGAACUAUCCUCGACACCAGAGGAUACCUGGUUUUGGAGGUGUUUUUCUGCGCCUGCAUUUGCAUUGCACUGAUGGCAGUGGUGAUGCUGUACUUUGUGGAUUAUUUAAGAGGAGGAGAUUUGAACCAGUCAGCUGCAGCCAGAGCCAAACUUCAGAAAGAAGCCACUUCAGAUGCAGAGUGAUGAUGAUGAUGAUGAUGAGGGGAACACACAUGGUCCUGGGUUUCAGAGCCAGCAGGCUGCACUGUCCACCCCAAAAGCUGUCAAUCAACUGCCAUGGGGCAGGACUGUGCUACUGAUUCCACCCAGUGCUUUGAUGUGUGGCUCUUCCCCUCCAGAACUGACUGUCUGGGCCUGGCUGUUACAUAAUCCUGUAUAAAUAGCUGAUUUUAUCCCGAUCAGGAUUCUGACAAACUGAAAAUCUCAUUAUGGACAAAGUGACCACUCAUACUGACUUUAUCUCUGCCUGUUCACUCUCCACUGACUCCUGUAUGUGUCAAACUUCAGGGUGAGGUUUCAUCAGUUGCACAGAAAAGUUAAAGAAGCUUGAAAUGUUUUAAAGCAUUUAGAUAUAUGAAUUGUUCAGCAGAAGAUGAGACUCAUAUCCUGUGGAAAGGUGCCUAUAUUGCUGGUACACAGUGAUUAAUUUUAUUACUUGCUAACCCAACUCAUAAUAUAGGGUUCCUAUAUUAAGUCAGUUGUUUUUAUAUGUACAUAGGUGUAACUUUGUUGAUGUUUUAAAUGUUUAUUAAUGUUUCUUUUUACGAAUUGUUUUCAGUAGGACUGGCCUUAUCACAGAAAACUCUGACUUGUCAGCAUUUACAAUAACUGCCAACCAAAAUCUUCCUUAGUGGACUCUCCUUAGAGCUCAUAUUCAAUUUUAAUCAUAUGCCUCAUUGACCUUUUAUGGUGUAUAAUCUCAAAAGGAGCAUAGCUCUUUAGUGUUGAAAUUUUUAUUGCUCAAUUCUUUUAUUUCUUGAUUUCUUUAUCUGCUCUUCUUUGGUUCUGGAAGUUCAUAAAAUUUUAUUUUCUGUCGCCUCAUCAAAUGGAACAAUACUAUAAUGAUGAGAAAAAGAAUGGGGGAAAAAAAAGAGAGGGAGGCACACUUUUGAGUGCAUUUACCCGUAUAAUGAUAUGCACAGUUUCAACAUUUUACCAACUGUUUUAUUAAUGUGACCUUUUAAAGGUCAUCAGUUCCAGGUAUAAAUAAUGUUUUUUAGGUUGUGUUUUGCUCAUUUAUCAAGCUCGGGUAAUUAACUUGUUGUGAGCACUGUCCCAAAUUGUCGCUUGCUUCGUCUGAGCAGCGUGACAAAAUAUUCAUGCACUCUGCAGAACUCUCACUGUUUCAGUAAUGUGGAGAUUUUGUUUCCCUGUGUUAUCAGGGUCGCAGACUGUGGAUGAUUAACAUUCACUACCUCAGUUGGGCAAACGAGUCCAAACAAACUUCCUUACUAAACAGUCAACACAUGUAAGACAAUGGUCAGUAGCAUUAAGUUUAAGAUGUUGUGAUUGCACAUUAAAAUGACCACUGAGUCACUGUAUCACAGCCAGAAACAUGCCCCCCUCUUCACUGGGCACCCAUUUGCACUAUGAUGUUAUGAGAGCAGUGCACUCUUUUUUAAUUUUUAACUCAAUUUGUGUUAAAUUACCAAGUGUUACUUAUCUAUGCACAAGAAGACAUAGGUCUGAGGACCUACAGAAGAUCCAUUGUACAAUUGAAAAUGGCGAAAUUGGAAGGAAAGUCACUUAAAAAAAAUCACCUAAUGUCUUUUGGUGGAACCUUCACAUUUGAUACCAGAUUGUUCAUGGACUAGUUACAUUUAAUUAAACUCUAAUUUGAAAGCGUU